UCCCACAGUUAGUCUUCUCACACCAAGAAAACAAACAAAAAUUAGGCAAUCAAAGUAGAAUCCAAAGUCACAAAAGUCCAAAUCCUUUCACUGAACCACUGUGAGAUGGAUUAAUAAUUGAUAAAAUAUCAAACCUUUUGAAUUUUAUUUCUUUGUUCUGAACCAAACCCAGAAAAUGGCUUUUCCAAGAUUCUUCAUUUUCCUUCUUUUGAUUGCAUUUGCAUCUGUUUUGGUAAAACCCAGUUGUGGAAAUGCAGAACUCAGAGCAUUAAUGGAUAUAAAGUCAUCUUUGGACCCAGAAAAUAAGUACUUAUCAUCAUGGGUCAGUGAUGGGGAUCCAUGCAGUGGGAAAUUUGAAGGUGUGGCAUGUAAUAAGCACAGGAAAGUUGCUAAUAUUUCACUGCAAAGUAAAGGGCUCACCGGAAAAGUGUCGCCGGCGGUGUCGGAGCUCAAGUGUUUGUCCGGUCUUUACUUGCAUUACAAUUCUUUGACUGGAGAAAUACCCAAGGAGAUAGCUAAUCUCACUGAAUUGACAGAUCUUUAUCUCAAUGUGAAUAAUCUCUCUGGAAUUAUACCACCGGAGAUCGGGAGCAUGGCUAGUCUUCAAGCGCUGGUGCUAUCUUGUAACCAGCUAACGGGGAACAUACCUAAAGAGAUUGGGUUCCUAAAAAGGUUGACUGCUCUUGCACUCGAAAACAAUAGACUAAAUGGGCAAAUUCCCGCAAGCUUGGGAAAUUUGGGAGGGCUCAAGUGGGUUUAUUUGAGUUCCAAUCAACUAUCCGGUCCAAUUCCAGUUAGAUUGGCGAAUGUUCCCCUAUUGAAGGUUCUAGAAGUACAAAACAAUACCCUUUCCGGAGUCGUGCCUUCCUCUUUGAGGAGGUUGAAUGGAGGAUUCCGUCCUGAAAACAACCCUGGUCUAUGUGGGGUUGGCUUUUCUUCAUUGAGAGUUUGCACUGAUCGGGAUAAUCUAAACACGAAUCAAAGUGAAUCAAAUGUUCCAAGUGCCAAUAAAACUGUAUCUCCAAAUAUGCCCCAAUCUGCUAGUUUGCCAAUGCCUUGCAACCAAACUCAUUGCUCAAGAUCUUCAUCAAAAUUACCACAGAUAGGCAUUGUAGCAGGAGUAAUCACAGCCGUAAUUGCAUUGAUGGUCGGGGGAUUUCUCAUCAUUUUCCGGUAUCGUAGGCGUAAACAGAAAGUUGGGGACACAUCUGAUACUCUUGAUGACCGGCUUAGCAUCGACCAGGCAAAAGAAGUAUACAAGAAAAGCCCCUCCUCUCUUGUAGAUCUUGAGUAUUCGAUUGGAUGGGAUCCUGCGAUCGCUUCUCAAGAUUCCAAUGGUAUAUGUCACGAGUUUUUAGAUGUCUUCAAGUUUAAUUUGGAAGAGGUUGAAUCAGCAACUCAACAUUUCUCAGAGUUGAAUUUAUUGGGAAAGAGUAAUUUCUCCGCUGUAUACAAGGGAAUUUUAAAAGAUGGAUCACGAGUAGCAAUCAAAAGUAUAAGCAAGAUGAAUUGUAAGACAGUCGAAGCCGAGUUUAUAAGAGGAUUAAGCUUAUUGACUUCUCUGAAACAUGAAAAUCUUGUUAAAUUGAGAGGUUUCUGUUGCUCAAAGGCCAGGGGCGAAUGUUUCCUAAUCUACGACUUUGCUUCAAAGGGUAAUUUGUCUCAUUAUCUUGACAACGAGGAUGAUAGUAUUAAUGUCCUUGACUGGCCGACAAGGGUUUUCAUCAUCAAUGGGAUUGCAAAAGGUAUAGAGUAUUUGCACAAUAAAACAUAA